CAAAACCUUUUUAACUCCCAAACUCUGCUUUCUUCGAUGCACUUGUCUUCUUCACAUCCAACAUCACUUUCUUUCUUAAUGUACCUCUCUCUCUCUCUCUUUCUCUCUCCAUUGGUGGUCCUCCAUUUCUUCCUCUUUAUAUCCCUCUUCCCCCUUCCUCCAUUUCUUCAUCUCUCCUAUCUAACAUUGCUCCCUUUUUCAUGUUUUCUUCUCAAACCCACAACAUUUUCCCUCCCCCUCCAUUUGCAUUUCUACCUUGGUGAAUACACUGACCCCCCAAGUCUCAUUUCCGUCUUCAUUUCGACGAUGUCGAACCGACGGUCAUCGAGGCAGUCUGCCGUAGGCGUUUCCGGGAUUUCCGACGAUCAAAUCAUUGAACUUGUCUCCAAGUUAAGGCAGCUUCUUCCGGAGAUUCGCAGUAGCCGAUCUGACAAGGUAGCAGCAUCCAAGGUAUUACAAGAGACAUGCAACUACAUUAAGAACUUGCAGAAGGAGGUGGAUGAUCUAAGUGAGCGUCUCUCUCAGCUCUUGGCUACCAUUGAUGCCGACAGUGCGGAGGCUGCUAUAAUUAGGAGUUUACUUAUGGAAUAAAUAAACCAACUUAUUUUUAUAAUAGGAUUCGGUCACUAGACCAAACAUAAACUAGGUUAUAUUUUAAGACGCAUGUGCACUGUAAUUACUAAGUAUUAUAAGAUGACUUGCACUAGCAAAGCCUUUGAUUGUAAUGGUAAACUCAUCUCCAAUUUAGAAGAAUAUCGAUUAUGAGUAUG